CCAUUUUUAUGACAUUUCAUUUAAUCAUAAUAAUAUAUUUAAGAUUCUUAAGAGUACGCCAGAAAAAGAAGAAUAUAUGUAUUUGGAAUAAAUAGAAGUAACUCAAUUAAAUACCUGCAUUUUAAUCGCCAAGUCAAUAAAUUUAGUAUCGCAAGAUGGGAAAACGUCAACACCAAAAGGAUAAAAUGUACAUUACUCACACCGAAUGGACCACUAUUUACGGUGGUAAAAGAUCGGGAACCAUUAUAGAAGAGGACACAUCAUUCAAACGUCUUCCUUUUGAUCACUGUUGCCUAUGUUUACAACCUUUUAAUGAACCUGUCUGUGAUGCAGAUGGAAACGUAUUUGAGUUGCAACCCUUAAUACCAUUUCUAAAGAAGUUUAAAGUUAAUCCUGUGACGGGAAAGAAAAUUGACAUAAAGAGUUUUAUCAAAUUAAAAUUUUUCAAGAAUUCAGAAGGCGAUUAUCACUGUCCUGUUCUAUUUAAACCAUUCACAAAGAACUCUCAUAUUGUUGCUAUCGCUACUAGUGGUAAUGUCUACUGCUAUGAAGCUGUCGAACAGCUCAAUAUCAAAGGCAAAAAUUGGAAAGACCUCAUCAAUGAUACACCAUUUACAAGAGCUGAUAUCAUUACUAUUCAGGAUCCUAAUCACUUGGGAAAAUUUAAUAUAUCUACUUUUCAUCAUAUAAAAAACAAUUUGAGAAUCGAAACUGAAGAGGAAAUAGCUCUGAAGAAAGAUCCACAUGCCAGACUAAAAACUGUAUCGGCUGAGACAAAGGAUAUUUUACAAGAGCUUGAUAAAGAAUAUAAAGCACCUGAAACAAAAGAAGUUAAAAAGGAGGAGUUAGCAGAUAAAUUCAACGCAGCUCACUAUUCAACUGGUAUGGUGGCAGCAAGUUUCACAUCAACAGCCAUGGUGCCUGAGACAAUACACCAAGCUGCUGUACUAUGUGAGGAUGAAGUCAAAUAUGACAGAGUUAAGAAAAAAGGAUAUGUAAGAUUAGUUACUAAUCUGGGACAAUUAAAUUUUGAGUUAUAUUGUGACCUGACACCCAAGGCUUGUGAUAACUUUAUCAAGCACUGUCUCAAUGGAUACUACAAUGGUACUAAGUUUCAUAGGUCUAUAAGGAACUUUAUGAUACAAGGUGGCGAUCCUACUGGAACAGGAUUAGGUGGAGAGUCUAUAUGGAAAAAGCCAUUUGAGGACGAACUAAAGCCGAAUUUGCACCAUACUGGGCGCGGUGUACUCGCCAUGGCCAACUCUGGUCCAAAUACUAAUGGUUCACAAUUCUUUAUCACAUUUCGUUCCUGCAAACAAUUGGAUGGCAAGCAUACAAUAUUUGGGAAAUUAGUGGGUGGAUUAGACACAUUAAGUGCUAUGGAACAGAUUGAAGUAGAUAAUAAAGAUAGGCCCAUACAAGACAUUAUCAUUGAAGUAGCUCAGGUGUUCGUUGAUCCAUUUGCUGAGGCCGAAGAACAGCUUGCAUUGGAAAGGGCUGAAGAAAUGAAAAAACUGGCAGCAGAACAGGAACUUGGUGUUAAACCCAAAAAGGGCUCAACACAACCACUCAAAGUAUUUAGAGAUGGGGUUGGAAAAUAUCUGAAUUUACAAGAAGUACCCUCAACUAGCAAACCGUCAAUUACUCAAGAAGUCCCUGCAAAGAAACCUAAAAAGGAUGGUAAAUAUAACUUUGGAACCUUUGAAUCAUGGUAAUAAAAAUAAUUAAUGUGUAUAUAUAUGGAUAGGAUAAAUAAAGUAUAUUUCAACA